AUGGCUUUCGAGCGGUUACAAAGUAUCGAUAUUAUAAUUGUUUUAUGUAUUCCUGUUCACGAUCACGUUUCUCCAAUCUGUAUCCACACAGCUCUAGCUGCGAGUCAGCCACGCCUAUUUUUUUGGAAUGGCAGUCCAAAUAGCCCGCAGCGACCGAUUAUUGUUGUGCAGCCGAAUCAAGACUCGAACAGAGAUCGUCGUCCGCCCUGGGCAGCCUACCCAUAUUUUCCACCAUAUCGUUUUCCUCCUAAUCAGAUUCCUGGACUUUCCAACUUGUAUGGUGGAAACCGUGGCUCCAUUAUAAUUGUUGACGCGAACAAUGCACAGAACUUUGCGUUCCCUCCCGGUGCCGGUGCUGCUGCUGGCGGUGCUGCUGGUGGUGCUGCUGGUCCUGGUGGUGGCCGAAGUGGAUCUUUUCGUCGUGAAUCGAUUCCUCUUAUCGACAUACUACAAGGAUUAAGUGCGCAGGAGAAUGACUCGGAAGCGAAUGAAUGGGAUGGAGCAGCACCUCUAGCAGCAGCCACAACGGCUGCCCAAGAACCACUGGGUGAAUAUGGCGCUGGUGAGGAGCAACACGAUAAGGAACCUAACGAGGAUGAGUUCGCACUGUUGGAGCGUCAGGCAGCGCGUGGCAAAAAACGCCGCCGCUUCCAGGAGGCCGUUGCUAGCAUCUACCUCAGGAACUAUAAUCAGAAUCAAAAGUGAGCCCACAGCGGGCCGCAUGCAUUUUGUAUACCACACGCAGUUGAGAAUCGAAGGAAAAUAAAUUGAAAUUAUCCAUGGCAAAAGCCAAGCCAAGCCAACAACAACUCUCCUCUCUA